AUGGACAGGUGGAUCGACCCCGCGAUGCUGCCCAAGACGAGCGAGCGGCUCAUGGGCCUCGCUAUCUACCGCCGCCUGUACGGCCACAGCUACAUACCUGUCGACUAUGAAGUGCCCAACGCCGAGCCGUGGCCCAAGGUGCUGCGCGGCAAGCCGCUCGGCGGCGCCGUCAACCUCAUGCGUGUCGCCUAUCACCAGCUCGGUCCGUGGGUGGAAGUGAGCCUCGAGGGCCUCGGCUUUGUCUGGAGCUCUCCAGUGGACUGCACGCGCGCCCGGUGCUUCAUCGCCCACUCCCGCGCCAGGGUCAUGACCACUUGGUCUGUCGUCCUCGCCGCGCUCGCCCGAUUCCGCGAGCUCCACGGCCACGUGCAUGUGCCCGAGUGCUGGGCAGUGCCAAGGAACGAUGCCUCGUGGCCAAAAGAGGCGUGGAGUCUCGACUUGGCCCAGGCGGCCCACACGCUUGAUGUGCAUGCGUACAUGCUCCCGACGCCGCAGCUCCGCGCUGCCCUUUCCCUCGGCGUCGUUUGCGACGUGCCGGUCUGGGCCGACAUCUUCGACAUGUUCAAGCUAUACUGCAAGCGCUACGGCGCUGCCGACGUUCCCAUCAACUAUGUCAUCCGCGCGAGCCGCAAGCGCAAGGCCGACGAGUCGACGCCGCCGUGGGCGGCCAACUACGACGGUCUUCCGCUGGGCGAAAUCGCAAUGCGCGUCUGGCUCGUCUACAUUCAGCUACCGUCGCACCGGCUCAACGAGCUCAAGAGCGUUCGCUUCGCCUUUCACACGCAUGCAUCCUGGGCGACCGUCGUCGGGGCCAAGGCUCUGUUUGCGAGCAUCAACGGCCACAAUAGCAUCCCUGACUGCUACGCCGUGCCGCCCGACGACACGGCGUGGCCACCCGAGAUGCGAGGCCUGCGCCUCGGGCACUAUCUUCGCUUGCAAGCGACGGCAAACGGCGUGAAUCCGCCGCCCACGACAAGGGUCAUCGACACCUUCGUCGACGCGCGAGUGCAAGAAACCGAGUUUGACCGGCACGUGCUCGGUCUCAAGAUCUACAAGCGUGGCAGCAAGUCACCGGUCGCCCCAGAUUUCGCCGUGCCCCGCAACGAUGCCCGGUGGCCGCGUCGGAUCUGGGGCUUGCGCCUCGGAGACUUUGCCGCCACCCUCCGACGCGACUACGCGUCUCUCUCGGCCCUCCAGCGCGCGACAGUCAACGACAUUAUUGGUUUCGAGUGGGACCCCGCCGUCGCCAAGUGGUGGCCCGAUAUCGUCGCGACGCUGACACAGUGGCACGCAACGCACCGUGAUCGCGGCUGGCCCGACGCCUUUGUGUUUACGGCCGAGUGGCCAAAGUCCGUCGUCGGAGAGUCGCUUGGGUACAUGUUGACGCUGCUGGAGGUCCACGAAGACUUUGCAACGGCAGCGCACCGGCGCACGCUGCGUCGACUCUGUCUCAACGUCGACAACCGGUGGACGACCAAGGUCGCGGCGCUCACGACCUUUUACUCGCUCCACGGCCACCUGCGCGUCCCCCUCGACUACGUUGUGCCGACUACCGGCGAGUGGCCGCCAGGAGCCACCGGCAUGCCUCUGGGCUUCAUCGUGUCGCUGCUUCGGCGAGUUCCUCCGGCGGUCAUAACCUACGUCCAGCGCCGGGAGCUCGAGGCGCUCGCAUUCGAAUGGGAUCUUGCCGCCGAGUCGACGACAGAAGCCACACGACCGCCGUCGGUCGCCGCCGUUGACGUCGCACCUGCCAAAACGGUAGCUGUGGCGGCAGAUGACGUCGAGGCACCGCACGGGACCACGGUCGACGGCACGGCGGAAGUUUCCAUUAACUGGGCCAUGUGGGCGGUCGCGCUCACGCAGUUCAAGGCCCACGAAGGCCACGUCGACAUUCCGAGGGAUUACAUCGUGGGCGCCGACGAUGCGCGGUGGCCCGUCGCGCUGCGGUCGUUUCCCGUCGGUCCGAUUCUCACCAAGAUCCGGUCCCACGUCGUAGUGCCACCAACGUGGGUGCAAAGCCAAGCCCAGAUCGUUGGCGUCGACUUGUUCAGUGGCGCGGACCGCGAGUUCCGGCGCGUCCCGACCAAGGUGCUCGUCGACGCGCUCUGCGUCUACCACCGCCUGCAUGGCCACACGUACAUGCCCGACGGCUUCUGCAUCCCCGAGACACCGUCUGCGUGGCCGCUUAGCCUUGGCAGCGCCGACCUGGUCUUCGCCAUCGACGAGGUCACUCGCCACGUCUUUGAGCUUCCAGAAGCGUACGUGGCCAAGCUGCACGGCAUCGGCCGCUGCCGCUUUGCGCCCCUAUGGCCCGACUUUAUAGCGCAGCUGCAAACCUUCACGGAUGUCUACGGCGCCCUUGACAUUCCCAUGGACUUUAGCAUUCCGGCGUCGCCGCCAUGGCGCCGCGAGUGGCGAGGCGCGCCGCUCGGCGACGUCGCUUACAAGGUGCACAUGCUGACGCCGACGCUGUUACGUCGGUACCGAGACGACCUGCGCGCGAUGGGCCUGAUGUCGCGAACUGCGACGACGUUCGCACGCGUGCUCGACGCCCUCUGUAUCUUUCGGAGUCUCUAUGGCGGCCAAGGCGUCCCCGAAUGCUUUCAAGUCCCGUUCAAGAACGACAUGUGGCCGGCAGCGCUUUGGGGCAUGCGUCUUGGCCGCUACCGCCGGUGCACUGACGCUGCGCUGCAUUACCGCUGGGUCCCACCCGAGGCGCGCGACGCGUACGACGAGCGCAUGCGCUUGUACCACGACAUUCGACGCUACAACCCGCUGGACAACUGCGCCAGUGUCUUUGCCAUGUACCGACGCGAAGUGGGAGACCUCGCGAUUCCAGCCGACUUUGUCGCGCCGGCCCACUGGCGCAGCAAGAUCGACCGGCUCGGAGCCCGCGCCGAAGCGUACCGCGCAGCGCGGACCGCCGGCACCAUCGACGCCCUCGACAAGGCGACGCUCGUCGACCUUGGCUUCGCGUGGGACCUCGCGUUCCAUGCACUCUGGCCCGACAUCCUCGCCUUUCUCAAGCUCUGGGCGGCGCAACGCGAGGCCCUCCACGACGAUGUGGUGCUGACGAUCCGUGACGACGGGCUAUGGCCGCCAGCGCUGUUGCAGCAGCCGAUAGGCUACUACUUGACGCUGCUGGAUGUCCACGAAGACGCGGCGGCCCCGUCGCGCCGGUGCAUCCUCGAAGCGUUUGGCUUCGACUACGACCAGCGCUGGCAAACGAAGCUCGAAGCACUCGAAGUGUACCGUCUCGAGCACGGCCACGUCGACGUCCCGACCGAUUUCAUUGUACCAUGCACGGACGAAGCAAGCACGUGGCCAUCGGCGCUGCGAGGUCUGCGACUCGGCGACAUCGUCGUCUGGCUUCGCCAGCUACGCCCCCACAUGGAAGAGCGCAAGGUUGUUGAACUCGAUGCGCUCGGGUUCGUCUGGGAGUUGUCGACGCCGGCAUCACCACCGACUUUGACCCUGGAGACAUCGGCGCUGAAUUCGGGGCUGAAGCGCAAGGCGCUCGCGACGUCACCGCGCAUUGUCGUGGACCUCACCCACGAUGACGACGACAUCCUGGAUCUGGAGGAUGACGCGUCGUCACCCAAGAAGCGUCGACGCGCCGACUCGGACGACGAUGCUGAGGACAUGGACGACGUCAAUUGGAGCCACUGCGUGCUGGGGCUCAUGCUCUUCAAGUCGACGUUUGGGGAUUUUGACGUCGCCCGCACCUUUGACGUGCCUGCCGACGACGUCAAGUGGCCCAAGAUGCUGUGGCGUCUGCCUUUGGGUCGCAUCGUCCGAGCGCUACAACGCAGGCACAUUGCACCGCCUUCGAGCACGCGUCUGCACCUGCUUGCCAUGGGCGUGCCGUGGCUGCCCACGCCGGAAUGA